AUGGAUGAAUCGAUUUAUCGCAAGAAGAAGGCGAUGAUGCGAUCCCGUACAGAAUCCAGGUACCAUCUAGGCGCUGAACCCACCCAUGCACUGGCUCGACCGUGCGACGGACUUACCAAUCCCGUCAUCCUCCGGUGUGGGAGAAUUGUUGCCGGGUUUGUCUUGGACAAGCUGACUCCAUGCAAUCCGAGUAGGAACACCGUAGCCUGGUUAUCUCAGAAUCUCAGGAAGGACCGAAUCGACCAUCAUUCAACGACAUUCAUGAAGAAGACGAAAAAUCAACACGCAGUGGCCAAAGUCGUACUUAAGAAAGUUGGAAGAUGGUGUAUGCGAGAAAUCGAAUCGAAUCCGAAAAGUGCUGGGAUGCGCACAGUGUGA